GGAAAAUCAACGUCACAGAUGAAAGAGGAAAGGGCAAACUUGAUGAGGAGGAACAACAAGGGAAUAAUAAUGAAGAAGAGAAAAGGAAGCUGGAGAUGGAAGAUACUGGAGAUGGAAGUUUGUUAAACAGCUAUGAUGAUUAUUCUGAUCAUGACAUGGUUGAGGAUAGUAUUGACAACAACAACAACAUGAUGAAGAUGGAAUCAGAGAGUAGUAGUAAAAACAAGAAUAUUAUUGGUGAAAACAACAACAGAAACAGUAACAAUAAUCUCAAUUUGCAGAAAGGGAAUAAUAACAAGAAGAAGACAGGGAUGCCUGCUAAGAACUUGAUGGCUGAACGCCGCAGAAGGAAGAAGCUCAAUGACAGACUCUACAUGCUCAGAUCCGUUGUUCCUAAUAUCAGCAAAAUGGACAGGGCUUCAAUACUUGGGGAUGCAAUUGAAUAUAUGAAAGAACUUCUGCAAAAGAUUAAUGACCUUCAUAACGAAUUGCAAUCAAUGCCUCCUACGGCACCUGCUUCAAGCUUGCAUCAUCCUUUGACACCAACUAAUAAUAAUACUGCUACUCUACCGCCAGCAGCUGCUUCUCUUCCCAGCCGCAUGAUGAUGAAGGAAACUGCUUCUUGCCCCACUUCUUCAUUGCCAACUCCCAAUGACCAGCCUGCCAGGGUUGAGGUUGGGUUGCGUGAAGGAAGAGGAGUAAAUAUCCAUAUGUUUUGUGAUCAGAAACCUGGUCUGUUGCUCUCAACACUCACCACUUUGGACAACCUUGGGUUAGAUAUCCAGCAGGCUGUUAUCAGUUUCUUUAAUGGCUUUGCUAUGGACAUUUUUCGAGCUGAGCAAUGCAAUGAAGGUCAGGAUCUCCACCCAGAUCAAAUCAAAGCAGCACUCAUUGAAGCAUCUGAAGCAUCCGGCUUCCAUAACAUCAUUUAGUGUGUGAUAUUGCUAGAAACUCAUAAGUUUCUAUUAUUUAGUUCUCUUUUGGUCAAAGUGGGAGAAAUUUUACAUGGAUUUUACCGGAUAAACAGCACGAGCACACUGUUUAGCACCGAGUACAUGUACAUGCACAUGUUGAACUUGAAUUAAACUUAAUUUCAAUUCAUGGUCCCUAUGUAUAACGCUUUUAGCAUGCAAAUGCAGGAAAGAUUUAAGGGUUUAGCCAGCCAGAGUCCCCACCGGAGCCUACUUUUAGUAAUCAAAAUAAAUGACCAACCCUUAGGGCCAAAGCUUGAUAGACAUAAAGGACAGAACAUGGAAGAUGAUGAGGUCCACAACGUGCUACAAUAGCGUUUGUGUUUCUGGUUGAAAAGUUGUGUUUUUAUUUAAAUGAAAAACUAUAAUUGGACCUUCGACCUUGGUGCUUUCUAGGAAGGAAGCUUUAUCACGUAACAUUGGUAGAAACUAGAAACUAGAGAGGACCACAUUGCAAGUAGUAAUGCCACAUCAACAAAUACCCACGACACAUUACACUACUAAAUAAUUUUCAAAUCCCCCAUCAAGAUUUUCGGACCAAAGUGUCCACUUUCUUCUAUCAGGAUAUGACUAGAAUUUUAAUCUUCACCGUUCACGCGGAAACCCUAUGACCGUAAUGCUACCUCACCCACCAAACACCAAGGCACAAAUGUGGAAAGGCACAGAAUUAUAAUUAUAUUAUACAUGUUGCAAAAUCCAAAUUGAUAUCCACAAUGAUAAUGAUCUCCGAUGAGUUCUCAUAUACUGGCACAAGUUAUCACUAAAAUAAAGAGAACAAUCAAAUUUAACAAUCAGAUAAACCGCCCUUGUAUAUGAAACAUAGUUACAUUAAUUAAUGGGUUGGGGUUCUAAGGAUAUGGUAGAAUAACUAUGUACACGGCAGGAUUGUUGAAAAAUGCAAGGCCAACAUAACCCACCAUAUCACCUUGAUCAAGACAUCAUGCAUUAACACUAUACUAAGCCUAUUACUAGAAAUGCAUAUAUACUAAUACUACUCAUUCCACGACAUGGUCCAAAAUUGGAUGGAUACCCAUUCAUGCCAUCCAUAUUCUGAUUCCAAAUACAUGCGUGUACUUCAGAAGCAGUCAAGUUCAGAAUU